AUGGCGCGGUGGCAAAGCCUCGCCGCCCUCGCCGCCGCCGCCACAGCCACCGCCGUUCUCUCAGUCUCAGGCCUUCUCUACAGACGCAAAUGCGCUCGCCUGACCGCGCGGGUCCGGGAGCUAGAGGACUCCCUGGCCGCCGCCGCGGAGAAGGCCGCCGCAGAGCGCCGCGGCAGGGUUCGGGCUCAGCAGUCACUGCGGAAGGCUCUGAGCGAGCAGGGGGAGACACAGGAUAAGGAGAAGCCAUCCAAGGCCGCAGCGUCGUACCCGAUGGUGCCAAUCGGCACCGUGCAGUCCUGCUUCUCCACUAGGAACGGUACACCGAGGCAGCCUUUGGUGGUGCCGCUGGCCAGAGCGACUGUGGUGCUCGAUCCGGCCCGUGUCCCAGCUGCCGCGAUAGAGGGACUCGCUAGUUACUCCCACUGUUGGGUCCUCUAUGUAUUUCAUCUGAACACUGAUCUUGAUAAGAUGUGGAAAGACCCUGCUAGGUCCAAGAUUAAAGCAAAGGUGAGAGUACCUAGAUUGAAAGGGGUUAAGAUGGGCGUUUUGGCAACUAGGUCUCCACAUAGGCCUAAUCCAAUUGGACUCAGUGUUGCAAAGGUGGAGGCAGUCGAUGGACAUGCAGUUUUACUUUCUGGAGUAGACUUGGUUGAUGGCACGCCUGUACUUGAUAUUAAACCAUAUCUGCCAUAUUCUGAUAGUGUUAAAGGUGCUGCUAUCCCGAAUUGGCUAGAGGUUGACGGUGCAUUAGCUGUGGAGUCCAUCCAUUUCUCUGAGCGAUUCAUUUCUUCACUUUCGGACUGCUGGGUGCAUGUAGAAAAGCAGACGCUCUAUGCCUCAGCAGAUGAGUUUCAGGAUCUGAUCAAGGAGGUGCUCUCCUGGGACAUCAGAUCAUUGUCUCAGCGAAUCCGACCUCACCAGGUGACCUUGGAACACGAGACUGAUAAUUAUGCUAGCAAAUGCGACAAGGAUUACAGAAAGACAGAAGAUUGUGAAGCCACUGAUUCAUUCUCUGUUGUUGCCUACCACCUUCAUCUGGAAGGAAUUGAUGUGUCGUACAAAAUUGAUGAAAACUCCAACGUUGUUGUUGACAAUGCGGCUCUUCUUCACAGCGCUGCAAACCAAAAUAGGUGUUGCUAUCUGACAUGGAGGGAUAAAAUUAGCACUCUGUAGGGGAGUUUUUUUCUCGAACAUUCACGCAUGUGCGAAUCAUUUUUUAUCAGAAGACGCCAAGAUGACGCAGGUCAUACAACCAAACAAACAAACACAAAAAAACAAAAAGAAAAUCUUUUAAAAUUCAUAGGAGCACAUUGCUGUACACUUCAUGAGGCUGAUGAAUUCCCUCGAUCACCUGAACUUGUAGAGAAUAUACUGGAAUCAAUAUCAUAUUUUUCUUUAUA